CAAAAAAGGCAAAGAAGAAUGAGUGUGAGUGGCAUUUCAUCAUCAUCUGUGGUUGCACUGAAGUAUCCUGCAGGACCUGUACAGCUGGAUUAAACAUCAUAGUGGUUGUAAAACUGGAUUAUAACGAGACAUUAUCGUGGAUGACAUUAACCAAGAAUUGGUAAACCUGGAUUAUUCACCGUAGCGACACAAAACAGGGAUUGGUAAUAUAGGGUUUGAAGAUGUGAGUUGGAUUCUUCAUCACCAAAGUAACUGUGUGUGACUGACUCCCUCAUCACCGUGGUGACAGUUCAGUGGACGUUGUAAGGCUGUGACUACACACUCCACCAUGCUGUACUUCCAGGUGGUGAUUUUGGCAGCUACAGUGAUGCUGGUUUACUACUGUGAGUUCACUGACACCUUCAGUCCAGCACAGCAGGGCUUCAUCUGCAGAGACCCGGCUUUAACCAAACCAGACCCUGGACCUGAGCAGGACAGCCUCAUACAGCCCGUCAUACUGUAUUCUGUGGUGGGUGGACUUCCAGUUGUACUGAUUUCAGCUGUAGAGCUAGUUAUCUUCCUACUUCGCUGCAACUCAAACGACCUUUACGACCAAGACAAGGUUGUUGUCAUGGGUGACUGUUGCUACAUGAACCCUAUGGUGCGCAGGACCUUCCGUUUCCUUGGUGUGUAUGCCUUCGGUCUGUUUUCCACAGACAUCUUUGUCAACACAGGCCAGCUGGUCACAGGAAGUCUGGCUCCUUACUUCCUGUCUGUUUGCCAGCCCAAUUACACUGCGCUCAGCUGCCAGGACACGGCGUACUUUGUCAGCCAAUCCGACGCCUGCACUGGUGACCCUGAUGACAUCAUGAGAGCCAGGAAGACAUUUCCCUCCAAAGAGGCUGCGCUGAGUCUGUAUACAGCUCUUUAUCUGGCAAUGUACAUCAUGUCCUGCAUUGGUUCCAGUGGAGGCCGACUGACAGGCCCCCUCCUCAGUCUCUCAUUGGUCAGUCUGGCUGUGCUGACGGGCAUCAACAGAGUGGCAGAGUACCGAAACCACUGGAGUGACAUAAUAGCUGGACAAGUCAUCGGGGGAGCUAUUGCUGUCUUUCUUGUGGUGUUUGUGGUUCAGUAUUUUAAAAAGAGACCUGGGAUUCUUCAGAGUCCCUCAGAUGUGGGCACAGCCAAUACCGAUGAGGCGUCACCGCAAAUGAAUCACACCAUGGAAACCAGCAACAAAUAUAUUGCUACACAGAGCCCAGGAUCCUUCACAGAAGUCACAUGACUAUGACCCCCCACCCAUCCCCACCCCUACUCCACUACAUGACCAAGAUGAAAUGGACAUUCCCAAACCAACCAUAUUUUGAGGUUGUAUUUUUUUUGUUUAUUUUUUUGUAGUGUUUGAAAAUGCAUCAGUCAAUAAUAAGUGAAUUUUAUAGUAUAAUUACUACAAACAUGCAGCCACUACAUGCAGAUGUGUUUAGGUUGUGUGCUGGCAUGUAGGUUUUACUGAAUACCUGCUCUAUGGUACACAACCAGCAGAGGGCGCUGUGGACUCUGUGCAGGUGCAGCUGACAAAGACGCAGAAGCAGCAUGUAGUUUAUUGCAAAUGUGGAAUAAAGUGGUAUCGCUGCAAAUUCAAAUUUGAAUAGUUUUGUCAACACCACUGGUGUCAGAUAACUUUAAUCACAUCACUGCAUCUGAUGUGCUGAUGCUCUGCUGUAAAUGAUGAUGUAGAACCUUUAUCUUCAGGCAACAAACAGACUUUUCAAACAGCGUCUUCAUGUCUAAACUAACACUCAGUAAAAUGGCGUGUCAUGAGUUUAUAUUUUACAUCACAGAAUAUAGAAAUGAUUCACAGCUCACAGGGUCUUUAAAGGGAAAAUGCAAGUAAUGUCAGUGAAAUUCAUGCUGGUUAUAUCACACACACACACACACAAAACUACUAAACAACAACAACACCCUCAUAACCAAAGAUGCUUUACUCCUAUGUGUUUCCUUAAUCCAUUAUUUGCUGUGUUUUCUUGUUCAGCUAAAAUCUGUCACUGCUGAAUAUGUGUAAUGUUUGAAGCUAUAGUGUUGUUCAUCAUUUCAGACUCAUGGGUCAGCAAAGAGAUUAUUUACUUUACAAUACACUUACAAUACUACACUGUGUAAGUGUUUUGUAAAGUAAAUAAUCUUGUAGUAAGUGUUGCCCCUUGCCACUCAUCCUGCCUCCCCCAAAGGGAGCCAUAAUUUUAAAACACAGACUCAUCAGGUAGAAUGAUGUGUUUUGUUCCUGAGUGGACCAAAGGGUGAUUCAUUCUGUAAAAAUAUUAUAAAGCAUCCUGAAAUGCUGUAUAUAUAAACACAUAUUUCUCUCUUUUGAAUUAACAGUAGUGUUGUGUGUACAGAUGGUAAGUAUUGAGUGUGGUUUCUUUAUAGCUGAUUGUAAUAUAUGAACAGAUACACAGUGUUUUGAGGUGUUUCGGUCUUUUACGUAGCUGGGAUUUUGAAUUUUUGUUUUGUCCAGUGAUGUGUUGUCUUUUUCCCUGGCUUUCUGUCAGUGAUGUGCAUGUGAGUUCCUGUGCUCUGUGUAUCAGGGAAAAAAAGAGUGACUGAUCAGAACUGCUCAGCUGUUCCAUGAAGGUGUUCUUGGGGACUGUCCAGCAGCAGAACUCUGUAUGCUGCUGUAAAGAAC